UGGAGGUGGGGGGGUCCCACACCCCCAGGGACAGCAGCGGGGGGACACAAGCCAGUGCGGCUGGGGACAGGGGGUCCCAGGGCUUGUCCCCCAUGUGUGUGUGUCCCGUGUCCCCCCCGUGUCCCCCCCCCCCAAGCCUGGCGUGCGGCUGUCACUCCUUCCACUACAUCAAGCGCCUGCUGGAGACGCUCUUCGUCCACCGCUUCUCCCACGGCACCAUGCCCCUGCGCAACAUCUUCAAGAACUGCACCUACUACUGGGGCUUCGCUGCCUGGAUGGCUUACUACAUCAACCACCCGCUGUACACCCCCCCCGCCUACGGCGACGAGCAGGUGAAGCUGGCGCUCGCCGUCUUCCUGUUUUGCCAACUCGGCAACUUCUCCAUCCACGUGGCCCUGCGGAACCUGCGCCCCGCCGGCUCCAAGACACGGAAGAUCCCGUACCCCACCCGCAACCCCUUCACCUGGCUCUUCCUCCUCGUCUCCUGCCCCAACUACACCUAUGAGGUCGGAUCCUGGAUCGGCUUCACCAUCAUGACACAGUGUCUGCCCGUGGCCCUCUUCUCGCUGGUGGGCUUCGUGCAGAUGGCCAUCUGGGCGCAGGGCAAGCACCGCAGCUACCUGCGCGAAUUCCGCGACUACCCCCCCCUGCGCUCCCCCAUCGUCCCCUUCCUGCUGUGACACCGGGGACACCCCCGCCGAGGAGACCCCCCUCCCUCGCCGUCGUCCUCAGCCUGCUGUGACAUCGGGGACACCCCGCGAUACCACCAAACCCCCCCCCCCCCCCCCCCCAAACUCUGCCGACACGUCGUCCCCCCGGCUGAGCCUUGGGGACAGUGCCGGGACACCCCGACCGUUGUCACCCCCCCCCCCCCGCCCCUCCCGUGCUGAGC